AUGACAAUCACACGUUGGUUCUUCUCUACUAAUCACAAAGACAUCGGCACCCUCUACCUAAUUUUUGGUGCAUGAGCCGGAAUAGUGGGCACAGCCCUAAGUCUCCUAAUUCGAGCAGAACUAAGCCAGCCCGGCUCACUUCUCGGAGACGACCAGAUUUUUAAUGUAAUCGUUACGGCACAUGCUUUCGUUAUAAUCUUCUUUAUAGUAAUACCCGUUAUAAUUGGAGGGUUCGGGAACUGGCUUGUGCCUUUAAUAAUUGGCGCCCCCGACAUAGCAUUCCCCCGAAUGAAUAACAUAAGCUUCUGGCUCAUCCCCCCUUCUUUCCUACUGCUCCUCGCCUCAUCAGGGGUUGAAGCAGGGGCCGGAACAGGGUGGACAGUCUACCCCCCGCUUGCUGGAAACCUGGCGCACGCAGGGCCUUCAGUCGACUUAGCUAUUUUUUCCCUACACCUCGCAGGUGUUUCCUCAAUCCUGGGGGCCAUCAACUUCAUUACAACAAUUAUUAAUAUGAAACCCCCCGGCAUCACCCAAUAUCAAACACCUCUGUUUGUCUGAGCCGUUCUAAUUACAGCCGUCCUCCUGCUGCUCUCACUACCUGUUUUAGCCGCCGGCAUCACAAUGCUUUUGACUGACCGCAAUCUGAAUACAACUUUCUUCGACCCUUCGGGCGGAGGCGAUCCCAUCCUCUACCAACACCUAUUCUGAUUCUUCGGCCAUCCUGAGGUCUAUAUUCUGAUCCUCCCAGGAUUCGGCAUGGUUUCUCAUAUUGUUGCCUACUACGCCGGUAAAAAAGAGCCCUUUGGCUACAUGGGAAUGGUCUGGGCUAUAAUAGCAAUUGGCCUCCUGGGGUUUAUUGUCUGAGCCCAUCAUAUGUUUACAGUUGGAAUGGACGUAGAUACACGAGCCUACUUUACAUCUGCCACGAUAGUUAUUGCCAUCCCAACCGGUGUAAAAGUCUUUAGCUGACUCGCAACUCUUCACGGAGGGGACCUCAAAUGAGAAGCCCCCCUUCUAUGGGCCCUAGGUUUUAUCUUCCUCUUUACAGUGGGAGGACUAACCGGGAUUGUACUAGCCAACUCUUCCCUAGACAUUGUCCUUCAUGACACAUACUACGUAGUCGCCCACUUCCACUACGUUCUCUCGAUAGGAGCGGUAUUCGCCAUCAUGGGUGGCUUUGUCCACUGAUUCCCUUUAUUUACAGGAUACACUCUACACAGCACUUGAACAAAAGCUCACUUUACAAUUAUAUUUAUGGGGGUUAAUAUUACCUUCUUUCCCCAACACUUCCUCGGACUCGCCGGAAUACCUCGGCGAUAUUCAGAUUAUCCUGACGGGUACGCUCUAUGAAACACCAUUUCUUCCCUGGGCUCUCUACUCUCCCUUGUAGCAGUUAUUAUUCUAUUAUUUAUUAUUUGAGAAGCAUUCGCUGCUAAGCGUGAAGUAUUAGAGGUUCGUUUCACAUCCACCAAUGUAGAAUGACUCCACGGCUGCCCUCCCCCAUACCAUACCUUUGAGGAACCCCCCUUCGUGCAAGUUCAAGAGGGACGUGCGAGA